UUAUUUACCUAUAUACUCAACCACCUACAACUCUUUUUCUCUCCAUAGCCUUCUCCUCCAUUAUACAUUUCCAACUCUCUCAUAAUCAAAAUAUGUAUUGCCACAAAGGAAAAAACUACAUAUAAGACAAGUACCUACCUAAAUUCAGUUGUGAAUGGUGGGACUAAUCCAUGAAAGCCAAGGUACCAACUUUCUUUGUUUGUACAGAUGAUGACAUCAAAGAGAUUUUGUUGGCAUGGCUUGGAAAGGAUUUCUUGUUGAUUCAUGUGAAAUAGUAUACAUCAAGUUCUUAGACACCAUUUUCAGAAUCAUAACCAUGAAGCAAAAAACACCAACAUCAACAACUACAACCACACCAAGAAGUGUGUUGAAACAUCACCAACAACAACAACAUAGUGAUAAUAAGUCUCUACAAACUGUUCCACAAACACGUUUAAGAGUAAGAGCUUCUUCUAAGGCUAAAGAAUCACCAAAAACACCACCAGAAAUUGUUAAUAGAGUCUCUACCAUUUCAUCAACAAGAGCUAAGUCAGUGCCUCCAGACAUGAAGAACAAUUCAAAGGCCAAAAGAAGUAUUUUUAUGAACAAGGUUGUUAAAUCCAUUGAAGAAGAGGUUGAAAGUUCUCACAAGGGUAGUAAGGAAGGUGAAGUGGCUAAGGUUGUUGUUGUUGCUCCUCCGCGGCGAAGGAGGAUUGAGGAGGAUGAUCCUGAUGUGAAGGAGAAGAAAGAGUUGCUGGAGAAGCUUGAGGUGAGUGAGAAUUUGAUCAAGAGUUUGCAGUCUGAGAUUAAGGCUUUGAAAGAUGAAUUGAAUCAAGUUAAGGGCUUGAACAUUGAUCUUGAGUCUCAAAAUAUAAAGCUUAAUCAAAAUCUUGCUUCUGCUGAAGCUAAGAUUGUAGCUUUUGGCACUAGUAGUAGCACAAGAAAGAAGGAGCCAAUUGGAGAACGCCAGAGUCCUAAAUUUAAAGACAUACAAAAAAUCAUUGCUGACAAAUUGGAAAUGUCUAAGGUAAAAAAAGAAGCCAAUCCUGAGGUGAUUUUUGUUAAAUCUUCGAUUCCAGCUCCAAUUCCGAAUCAUGCAGCCAUUCGUGAAAUUACAAGUUUAGGAAGAAAAUCUCCACCCAACCACUGCCUCAUGCCACCUCCACCACCCCCGCCACCACCAAUUCCGUCUCGGCCUUUGGCAAAAUUGGCUAACACUCAAAAGGCUCCUGCAGUUGUCCAACUAUUUCACUCCUUAAAGAAUCAGGACACGAAGAAAGACUUGAAAGGAUCAAUUAAUCAUCAGAAACCGAUAACUAACAGUGCACACAAUAGCAUUGUAGGAGAAAUUCAAAACCGAUCAGCUCAUCUUUUAGCAAUUAGGGAGGACAUUCAAACAAAAGGGGAGUUCAUUAAUGGCCUUAUAAAUAAGGUUGUUGACGCGUCCUAUGUGGACAUUGAAGACGUCCUCAAGUUUGUUGAUUGGCUUGAUGGUGAACUAUCCACUUUGGCUGAUGAGCGUGCUGUCUUGAAGCAUUUUAAAUGGCCUGAGAGGAAAGCUGAUACGAUGCGUGAGGCUGCAGUUGAGUAUCGCGAGCUUAAAAUGUUAGAACAAGAGAUUUCAUCUUACAAGGAUGACCCUGACAUUCCAUGUGUAGCUAGUUUGAAAAAGAUAGCAAGCCUAUUAGACAAGUCUGAGCGGAGCAUACAGAAGUUAAUUGUGCUGCGAAAUUCUGUCAUACGUUCGUAUCAAAUGUACAACAUUCCAACUGCGUGGAUGCUUGAUUCAGGAAUAUCUAGCAAGAUAAAGCAGUCUUCAAUGACUCUUGUCAAGAUGUACAUGAAAAGAUUGACAAUGGAGCUUGAAUCCAUUCGAAAUUCAGACAGAGAAUCUAAUCAAGAUUCUCUUCUACUACAGGGUGUGCAUUUUGCAUACAGAGCCCAUCAGUUUGCUGGAGGUUUGGACUCAGAAACAUUGUGUGCAUUUGAAGAGAUAAGGCAACGUGUACCAGGACACCUAGCAGGGUCUCGAGAACUUUUGGCUUGCAUAGCAUCAUCAUGAGAAGUCACUGAUUUUUAAUACUGCUACUAAUGGUUACAAAAUGUUGGCGACUAAACAUUCAAUAUUCUUUAAAUAUCUUCUUCGAUGCUCAAUGCUUACAAUGAAGGAUGAACCCCUCACUCAGAAGAUUUUGUGAAGAAAGUAAAUCCCAAUCCAUGGAUAAGUCUGCUAUGAAACUGUUACAGCCUGUCUCACAAUCUAGGAAUAGGAUCUUCGGUUGAGUUAUUUAAUUUCAAUAGUGAAUUUUUUGAGAUAGUUCUCUCUAAUGUUGUAGCUGCAUAUAUAUAUAUAUAUAUAUAUAUAUUUAACAUUUACAAAAUACUCUAAUAAUGUAAUAUUCAUGUUUCAUGUCAUAUGUAGUGUCUGUCAAAUACAUAUUGAAGCAAUCUCUCUUGUAUUAUAUUUGA